GCUUUGUGGCGAAUUUGCAUCCGUCACGCAGCCAUGAUUUUUCCUGUUAUGAUCGCGUUCGCCAUUUUCGUAAUGGCAGUGAUGAUGAUAUUCCUUGUGACUGGAAUUAUUCGCCUGUGCCGCGGAGAAUGUUAUUCGGGAAAUAUCACCGUGUCGUGCUUCGCCGAGCUCACAGAGGAACAGACGCAAAAAAUGGUUCGGGCCAUCGAGGAACAUCUUCCGCAUGUGCGCGUGGCGGGGAACGAGGAGAUCACCUGUCCGGUCUGCUUGGAUGAAAUUGGACGUGAGGACGUGGCCAAAUUACUGCCUUGCAAGCACUACUACCACAGUCAAUGCCUACUGGCUUGGUGCACCAAACGGCUCCAGAAGGAGGGUGCAAAAUCUUCAGAGAUGAUUCAGUGCCCCAUCUGCCGUUGCGUCCAUCUUCUCACCGACUCCGUGACCGCCGAUAAAGUGCCACCCGCAGAGGACCCCGAGGCGUCCAACUUCGAUCUCAGUGGCGUCAACGAGCCAGUGCCCGAAGAGCUUGUGUGACGCAUGCCAAGCGUGGCAUGUAUGGCCUUGGGAACAGCUAGCAGUUGUUCAAAUUAAUUUGCGCAUUUGCGUUUUCUGUGAGCAUGACUUGUUGCUUCUGUGC